AUUGAGAGAUUUCGCCGGAUCCGGAUCCAUCUGGUUCUGUACCCACCAUUCGUGAGCGUCGGACGACCGGAACUGUUGCUCAGCCAUUGAGAGCUCUCCAAGGACACCUGUUUCUAAAGUGAUGUACCAGAACAUACGUCACCAGGCUCACCAGGCCAGAGUCAGGCAAGAACUAGGACUCAAAAGACUGGAGAUCAACAGCAUCUCGGCGAACAUGGCGGACGGCGCGGUGACCGGCGUGCCUCCCCUGCCGCCACGGUACCGCUUCAGGGACCUCAUCCUGGGAGAGUACGCCAGCCAGGACGAGGACAGGGUACAGGUAGAGUUCUACGUCAACGAGAACACCUUCAAAGAACGUCUGCAGAUCUACUUCAUCAAGAAUCAGCGGUCAAGUCUGCGUAUUCGCCUGUUCAACUUGGUGAUCAAACUCCUGUCCUGUGUGCUGUACGUCAUCAGAGCCUGUCUAGAUGUGGACCCAACACAAGCGAACUGCCAUGGCUGUAAUAACACUAUCAACUACACAUGGAUGGAGAUCAACUGGGCCCCCCUGGUGUGGGUCAACAGGUCCUCCCCUACAUGGGGCAUACAGGUUGCAGUGGCAAUCAUCAGUUUUUUGGAGACCAUCCUCAUCACAUACCUUAGCUAUAAGGGCAGUCUUGUUCAGUCUGUGUUUAACGUCAGGUUCCUGCUAGAGAUGAUCAACACAGUUCCCUUCAUCGUCACAAUAUUUUCGCAACCCCUGAGGAACCUGUUUGUGCCUGUAUUUCUCAACUGCUGGUUGGCUAAGUCAGCCCUCACCAACAUGUUGAAUGACUUGAACAGAGCCAUGCAGAGAAGCCAGUCUGCACUAGCCCAGCAGGUCAUCAUUCUCAUAGCCACACUGUUGUGUUUAGUCUUCACAAGCAUAUGUGGAAUCCAACACUUUGAGAGGGCAGGGAAGAACAUCAACAUGUUUGACUCCUUCUGGUUUGUGAUCGUGACCUUCAGCACAGUGGGCUACGGUGACAUCACCCCGGAACUCUGGGUGUCUAAAGCCAUGGUCAUCAUCAUGAUCUGUGUGGCACUCAUCAUCCUACCCAUCCAGUUUGAGCAGAUGGCAUUUCUGUGGAUGGAGCGUACCAAACAGGGUGGAAGUUACUCCCGGCAGCGAGCGGAGAGCGAGAAUCACGUGGUGGUGUGCGCCACCCAGCUGCAGACUGAUGUCAUCAUGGACUUCCUGAACGAGUUCUACGCACAUCCAAAACUGCAGGACUACUUUGUGGUCUUGCUGGCCCCAUCAGAGCUGGACAACAACCUGAGAAGAAUCCUGUCUGUCCCUCUCUGGGCCCAGAGAGUCAUGUACAUCCAAGGGUCAGCUCUCAAGGACCAGGACCUGGUCAGAGCAAAAGUGGACGACGCAGAAGGAUGCUUCAUUCUUGCCUCCAGGAAUGAGGCCAACCCAGCUGCAGUAGAUGAACACACCAUCCUGAGAGCCUGGGCUGUGAAGGACUUCGCCCCCAACUGUCCGCUCUACGUCCAGAUCCUCAAGCCAGAGAACAAGUUUCACGUCAAGUUUGCAGAGCAUGUGGUGUGUGAAGAUGAGUUCAAGUUUGCCCUGCUGGCCAACAACUGCCUGUGUCCAGCCAUGUCCACUUUCAUCACCCUUCUCCUGCACACAUCCAGGGGACAGGAAGGCCAGGAAUCGUCGGAGGAAUGGCAGAGAAUAUAUGGGCGCUGUUCUGGGAAUGAGGUUUACCACAUCAGGCUGGCUGACAGCAAGUUUUUUGGAGAGUAUGAGGGGAAAAGUUUUACUUAUGCCUCCUUCCAUGCACAUAAAAAAUAUGGUGUAGCCUUGGUUGCCAUUGGAAAAGAUGAAGUGACAGGAAUCAAGCUAAACCCAGGCCCAAAGCACAUCAUGAGGAAAGGAGACAUGUGUUUCUACAUGGCCAUCACCAAGGAGGAGAACUCUGCCUUCAUCCUGGCCAAGAAACAACACGAGAAGGAGAAGUCCAAGUUCAACACAACUCCUCGGAGCACCAGAACACACAGCAUUAUCGCUGGAGCGGGUACGGUUGCACUAGAACUCCAACGCUCCCGCCCGUCCAAUGCCAGCAACCAUGCCCUGUUGUCUCCACCACAUAACCCAGACAAGCGCCCAAGUAUCGCUGACGUCAUGGAAACCAUGGAACCAGAGUACAUCCCAGUACCACUGGACGAGCCAUCCGAGGACGAGGCUGACCAACACGACGGGAGGGGAGAUGUCGCUAUAUUAGACUAUGUGCAGGACUACCCACCUGUCCAGCCGUACAUCGGCUACACCUCCAUGGUCUGCCACCUGAUGAAGGAGAAGGUGCCAUUCUGCUGCCUGCAGCUGAACAAUCCCUGUCAGCACAACAACUUUGAAUAUGCACAUCAUUACAAAUGGCCGAACAAGUCCAUCAUCGUGGCAGCGGAGUACGCCACCCCUGGUCUCUACAACUUCAUCGUUCCCCUGCGGUCACAGUGCAGACCCAAGAGGGAACUCAACCCCAUUGUUUUUCUUCUGGAGAAUUUGCCAGAUGAGAGAUUUCUUGAGGCUAUUUGUUGCUUUCCAAUGGUGUACUACAUGGUUGGAUCUAUCAAUAAUUUGGAUGAUUUGCUGCGGGCCGGCAUCAUUCACGCCAACAAUGUUGUUGUUGUUGACAAGGAGAGCUCUAAAGCUGCAGCAGAGGACUACAUGGCCGACUCAGGCACCAUUGUCAAUGUGCAAACAAUGUUCAGGUUAUUCCCAAGCACCAGCAUCAUAACAGAGUUGACACAUCCGGCUAACAUGAGGUUCAUGCAGUUUCGCGCCAAGGACUGCCAAGCCCUCAAUGUUGCCAAACUGGAAAAGAAAGAGAAGGAAAAGGGCUCCAACCUUGCGUACAUGUUCAGACUGCCAUUUGCUGCAGGGAGGGUCUUCAGUGCAAGCAUGUUGGACACACUGUUGUACCAGUCAUUUGUUAAGGAGUACAUGAUCACGCUGGUGAGAUUGCUGUUAGGACUUGGCCACACCCCUGGUUCUGGGCAUCUUCGAUCGAUGAGGGUGACAGAGAAUGACUUGUGGAUCCGGACCUACGGUCGGCUGUACCAGAAGCAGUGCUCCUCUAGCUGCGAGAUCCCCAUCGGCAUCUACCGCACAGAGAGGAAACCUCUGGUGGGAAUGGAGGGGAUAUUAAGACCUUUUCAACGACACAAGAAACAACGAAAAAAGAAGGAUUUCUUCGAUGAGGAGACCAGAUCACAGAAUUCCGAACGAGAGCAGUUGAGAGAGUUAGUGAAGAGCAGAGUCAAGGACUUAGGUCUACCAGAGGAGCAUUAUGACGACCUGCAUAACAGAAGAAGCAGUCUAUCAUACGUUCUCAUCAACCCAUCUGAUGACACAAGGCUAGAGCUCGAUGAUGUCAUUUAUCUCUUGCGGCCAGAUCCUCUGUCCCCUGUGCCUCCACCCCGACCGACCCAGAUGAGAUCUCCCUGCAGGAGGACGGCAGCAUCAGGCCGACUCAUCGCACACGGUCUCCCGAGAACCGCAAGGCACAGCCUGUUAUGGACCCAGAACUUGGAGACUUCCACCUCAUCUCUUUUGUUUAGACAGUUUGGAAGAGCCGUGUUUGUCGUGAUAGGGAGACCUGAUGAUGAACUUUAAGCCACAAAGUAAAGAAAGAAGCGCACAAUCUGGUGUUUAGGAGGCUCUGGUUCAAGUGUAUCUUAAAGAAAGUGUAACUUACAGAAAAAAAGAUGUAACUCGUGAACAUUUCCCUUAAAUCCCGGACUACUUUUCAAGUUUGCAAAAGGUUUACCUCAUUAUCAGUGCUAUAGCAGUUUUAUACCACCGAAACUAAUGUGUCACUUUGUGCAAUAAAUACAACUGUGGCUUAAAUUUGAACCUAACAGUUUGCUCCAAAAACUAUCCCUUUCCUCUCUGAUUAUACGACGGUUGCCAUUUAAUUUCUGUCUUCCACAUGUUUAGUAUUUUAGACUAAAUGUCUCUUUAUGUUGUAGGAAGUAUUGUAGCUGGAUUUUUAUAUUCUCUCUUGAAGCACAGUAACUGUUACAGUUACGGUAGAUGUUUAUUAACAGGUUGUUCCUUCAAACAUGUUAACUUUUAAAAUUGAUACAUUUGUUUUGUUACUUUUUGUUGUAUAAUAAUUAUUAUUCAUUGUCUCUGGAGCUAAGGAACAAAGGCUUCUACAAGUAUUUUAUUGUAGCUUGCACUACAUCACAGUAAGCAUUGUUAAUUAUGCACUUAACUACAAUCCUCAUCAAAGCUCAUAUGGAUGAUUCCUAUGCUUUUUUGCAAACACGGAGAGAAAAUUUUCAGAUAUUUUUACAUACAUGCAUUCACGCAUAUCCAACAUGUUAAAAAUACAAUAUCCUCGUGGUGCAGUACUUGAUGUAAUAGAAGAAAAUAGAUACUCCGUAAACCCAAGAGUCUGUAACAUGCUAUGGGUAUUUGAACUCUUUAUUUGUGGCUAUUGCUAUUCACAAAAAGUUAUCAUUGCGUGUAUCAAAUUUCAUUGUGAGCUUUAAGGACCUUGAUAACGUAUAGGAAAGGGUGAUUUUUGAAAUUUUUGUUCAAGGAGGGAUAAUCGCAUCUGUUGACUUGUCAAUCCCUGCUUUUUCUUGACCAAGUCUGCCAUACACUUAAUGCUGUAAACCUGGAAAUAAAUCCAUCCACGUGUUGUUACUUGAAAACAAACUUGUAUGCGUACAAGAAUCAUCGUAGUUGCACUAAUGUUUUUGGUAUACUUCCAUAAAAUCCUAAUAUUGUCAGGAUGUGUAUGUAUUCUGCA